UGUGCGCAUGGUGUGUGGCACAGCUGUGUUUGUCUCCCCCGCAAAUGAGAGUGGAACAUUCCUCCCCCCCCAAACUGGGCACGGUGCUGGGGGGCUCGGGUGCAACCACUGUGUGGGUAGGGGGGUGCUGAGGUGCUUUCCCCCCCCAAAGCCUCGCAGAGCCCCUGCUCACAUCCCAACACUAAUCAAGAUUAGGACAGCAUUAAUACAGAACGAGCUCCACCGGCACGAUCUCCCUUUGCUAUUGGAGCUGUGCCCCCCCUGGGCUCCGUGGUAACCCCCCAGCCCAGUUUGGGGACUGAAUCCCCCUCCCACAGUAACACGCAUGCCUUGUUUGUCUCCCCCUGCCCGCCCCGGCGCCUCGGGACGUAGCGAAACAGAAGCAGAAAUCGGCUGAGCACGUGCCACCCUACGAUGUGGUUCCCUCCAUGCGGCCCAUCAUCCUGGUGGGGCCAUCGUUGAAGGGCUAUGAGGUGACAGAUAUGAUGCAGAAAGCACUGUUCGAUUUCUUGAAGCAUCGCUUUGACGGCAGGAUCUCCAUCACGCGGGUGACGGCCGACAUCUCCCUCGCCAAGCGCUCUGUGCUGAACAACCCCAGCAAACACACCAUCAUCGAGCGCUCCAGCACACGCUCCAGCCUGGAUGUCUUGGCUGAGGUGCAGAGUGAGACGGAGCGCAUCUUUGAAUUGGCCCGGACCCUGCAGCUGGUGGCCUUGGAUGCUGACACCAUCAACCACCCGGCCCAGCUGGCCAAGACCUCCCUGGCACCCAUCAUCGUCUACAUCAAAAUCGCCUCCCCAAAAGUGCUGCAGCGGUUGGUGAAGUCUCGAGGCAAGUCCCAGGCCAAGCACCUCAACGUGCAGAUGGUGGCCUCCGACAAGCUGGCGCAGUGCCCGCCUGAGAUGUUUGACAUCGUGCUGGACGAGAACCAGCUGGAGGAGGCCUGCGAGCACCUGGCCGAGUACCUGGAGGCCUACUGGAAGGCGACGCACCCCCCCAGCAGCAACCCCCCCAACCCGCUGCUCAACCGCACCAUGGCCACAGCCGCGCUGGCCGCCAGCCCUGCGCCCGUCUCCAACCUGCAGGUACAGGUGCUCACCUCCCUGCGCAGGAACCUGGGCUUCUGGGGCCGCGGGGGCACUGACACCACCCCCAGCCCCCAGGAGGAGCACGCGCUGUGAGAUGGCGGCAGGGCACCCGUGGGACCUCCCCCCGGGGAUCAGGGACACCCCCAAGGAUCAGGGACAGCCUGGGUUUUGGGGACACCCCGGGGAACAGCUGCCUCCCUGGGGUUGCCCCUUCCUCUGGGGAUGUGCUCCCUGCUCCGUGGUUGAUGCCAUCCCUGUGCCCCUGAAGUCAUCCCCCCCCUACCCCAGGAUCUGCUCCCCACCCCGGGUUUGGGGCCAUCCCACUGUGGUGAGGUUCUGCUCUUCCUGGAUCAGGGCCGCCCUUUGGGAUCUGCCCCCUGGGGUUGGAGUCUCCCAGGACACAGCUCUGCAGAGCUCUCCUGGCUUAUAGCGAGGACUUACGGGAACUCCUGGGGGGGCUGAGCCCCCAGACGCCCCUGACCCCCCUGGGUCCAGCAGUAGAGGCUGUGUACAAGCCAAGGGGGGCCCACAGCCCCCCCCAGGGCAUCAGGCAGAGGAAGGACAUGUGUCCUGUGUUGUCUGUCGCUAAUUCCUUCAGCAAUCAGGGCGCUGCUCUGCACCAACCCUGACCCCACCACCUCCCUGCUCCGUUCCCCCCCAUGCCCUCCCACUGCUCUGGACCUGCCCUGGUGCCCCCCCCCCGGUGCUGGAUGAGACCCACAUCUGGACUGCAUGGCACGGAGUGUGCAGACUGGGCUGGGGCGGGAGCGCAUGUGCCCCCCCUACUCACCAAACCCCGCGGCGUGCAGCUAACACCCCCCUCCCACUAACCCGUCCAUCUGUCCUUGCACGGUGUGGUUGCUUCUCCCAACCAGGGUCCGUACCUGGUGCACGGGGAGCCGCCGGGCGAGGGGAACGUCCGGGAGGAGGGGCCCAUCCCACCGCCUGCCCGCUCGGCC